ACGCCGCCAUGGACGGCCGAGGUUUAUCUUUACCAUUAUUUUCAUGAGACGCUUUGGGGAAGAUAUCUUGGAGUAACGCUAGAAGAAAGUAUAUUGUUCCCAUUUUAAAAGACAGCUCCGACAAUGAUUACUUCGGAGUUACCAGUGUUACAGGAUUCUACGAAUGAAACCACGGCGCAUUCCGAUGCAGGCAGUGAGCUGGAAGAAACGGAGGUCAAAGGCAGAAAGAAGAGGGGGCGCCCUGGCAGGCCUCCAUCUGCAAAUAAGAAACCUCGGAAAUCUCCAGGGGAGAAGAGCCGGUCGGAGGCCGGAGUGAGAGGAGCUGGUCGCGGAAGAGCCAAUGGGCACCCUCAGCAGAACGGAGAAGGGGAGCCCGUCACACUGUUCGAGGUGGUGAGGCUGGGAAAAAGUGCAAUGCAGUCCGUGGUGGAUGACUGGAUUGAAUCAUAUAAACAGGACAGGGAUAUUGCACUUCUGGAUUUAAUCAACUUCUUUAUCCAGUGUUCAGGAUGUCGAGGUACUGUAAGAAUCGAGAUGUUCAGGAACAUGCAAAAUGCAGAAAUCAUCCGAAAAAUGACGGAAGAAUUUGAUGAGGAUAGCGGCGAUUACCCUCUUACCAUGCCUGGCCCUCAGUGGAAAAAAUUUCGCUCAAACUUUUGUGAAUUUAUUGGCGUCCUGAUUCGACAGUGUCAGUACAGCAUCAUUUACGAUGAAUAUAUGAUGGACACAGUCAUCUCCCUACUGACUGGUUUAUCAGACUCUCAAGUUCGAGCUUUUAGGCAUACAAGUACCCUGGCUGCCAUGAAGCUUAUGACUGCUCUGGUGAAUGUUGCCUUAAACCUGAGUAUUCAUCAGGAUAAUACACAGAGGCAGUAUGAAGCUGAAAGAAAUAAAAUGAUUGGGAAGAGAGCCAAUGAAAGGCUGGAGUUACUACUUCAGAAACGGAAAGAGCUGCAGGAAAACCAAGAUGAGAUUGAAAAUAUGAUGAACUCUAUUUUUAAGGGUAUAUUUGUUCAUAGAUACCGAGAUGCUAUUGCUGAGAUAAGAGCCAUUUGUAUUGAAGAAAUUGGGGUCUGGAUGAAGAUGUAUAGUGAUGCUUUCCUGAAUGACAGUUAUUUAAAAUAUGUUGGCUGGACUCUUCAUGACAGGCAAGGUGAAGUUAGACUGAAGUGUUUGAAAGCUCUGCAAAGUCUCUAUACCAACAGAGAGCUGUUCCCUAAAUUGGAGCUAUUUACUAACAGGUUCAAGGAUCGCAUUGUAUCAAUGACACUUGAUAAGGAAUACGAUGUUGCCGUGGAAGCCAUUCGAUUAGUCACGCUUAUACUUCAUGGAAGUGAAGAAGCCCUUUCCAACGAAGACUGUGAAAAUGUGUACCACUUGGUAUAUUCAGCUCACCGGCCUGUUGCUGUAGCAGCAGGAGAGUUCCUUCACAAAAAAUUGUUUAGCAGACAUGAUCCCCAAGCAGAAGAAGCAUUAGCGAAGAGGAGAGGGCGCAACAGUCCCAAUGGGAACCUUAUCAGGAUGCUGGUUCUUUUCUUUCUUGAAAGUGAGUUGCAUGAACAUGCAGCUUACUUGGUGGACAGUUUGUGGGAAAGCUCUCAAGAACUUUUGAAAGAUUGGGAGUGUAUGACAGAAUUGUUACUGGAAGAACCAGUCCAAGGAGAAGAAGCCAUGUCCGAUCGGCAAGAGAGUGCUCUUAUAGAGCUGAUGGUUUGUACAAUUCGUCAAGCUGCUGAAGCACAUCCUCCCGUAGGAAGGGGUACUGGCAAGAGAGUGCUAACUGCCAAAGAGAGGAAAACUCAGAUAGAUGAUAGAAACAAAUUAACUGAACACUUCAUUAUUGCACUUCCUAUGUUACUAUCAAAGUAUUCAGCAGAUGCAGAGAAGGUAGCAAAUUUGCUUCAAAUCCCUCAGUAUUUUGACCUGGAAAUCUAUAGCACGGGCAGGAUGGAAAAGCAUCUGGAUGCCUUGUUAAAGCAGAUUAAGUUUGUCGUGGAGAAGCACGUAGAAUCAGAUGUCCUAGAAGCCUGCAGUAAAACCUACAGCAUCUUGUGCAGUGAAGAGUACACCAUCCAGAACAGAGUCGACAUCGCUCGUAGCCAGCUGAUUGAUGAAUUCGUAGACAGAUUCAACCACUCCGUGGAAGAUCUCUUGCAGGAGGGAGAGGAAGCAGAUGAUGAUGACAUUUACAAUGUUCUUUCUACAUUAAAGAGAUUGACUUCUUUUCACAAUGCUCAUGAUCUGACAAAAUGGGAUCUCUUUGGUAAUUGCUACAGAUUACUGAGAACUGGGAUUGAACAUGGAGCUAUGCCGGAACAGAUAGUGGUUCAGGCCUUGCAAUGUUCCCAUUACUCCAUUCUUUGGCAGUUGGUGAAAAUCACUGAAGGCUCUCCUUCCAAAGAGGAUUUGCUGGUGUUGAGGAAAACUGUGAAGUCGUUUUUGGCUGUUUGCCAACAGUGCCUGUCAAAUGUUAACACCCCAGUCAAAGAACAGGCCUUCAUGUUGCUGUGUGACCUCUUGAUGAUUUUUAGCCACCAGCUAAUGACAGGAGGCAGAGAGGGACUUCAACCAUUGGUUUUUAACCCAGACACCGGACUCCAGGCUGAACUCCUCAGCUUCGUGAUGGACCAUGUCUUCAUUGACCAGGAUGAGGAGAACCAGAGCAUGGAGGGAGAUGAGGAGGAUGAAGCUAACAAAAUCGAGGCCUUACACAAGAGAAGAAACCUCUUAGCAGCUUUCAGCAAACUUAUUAUAUAUGAUAUUGUGGACAUGCAUGCAGCUGCAGAUAUCUUCAAACAUUAUAUGAAGUAUUAUAAUGACUACGGAGAUAUCAUUAAGGAGACAUUGAGUAAAACGCGGCAAAUUGAUAAGAUUCAGUGUGCAAAGACGCUCAUUCUCAGUUUGCAGCAGUUGUUUAAUGAGCUGGUUCAAGAACAAGGUCCCAACUUGGACAGGACUUCUGCCCAUGUCAGCGGUAUUAAGGAGUUGGCCCGUAGGUUCGCUCUCACCUUUGGCUUGGAUCAGAUCAAGACGAGAGAAGCUGUGGCCACUCUUCACAAGGAUGGCAUAGAAUUUGCCUUCAAAUACCAAAAUCAAAAAGGGCAAGAGUAUCCACCUCCAAACCUUGCUUUCCUUGAAGUGCUAAGUGAAUUUUCUUCUAAACUUCUUCGCCAGGACAAAAAGACUGUUCAUUCAUACCUUGAGAAGUUCCUGACAGAACAGAUGAUGGAGAGGAGAGAAGACGUAUGGCUUCCACUCAUCUCCUACCGAAACUCAUUAGUCACCGGCGGAGAAGAUGACAGGAUGUCAGUGAACAGCGGGAGUAGCAGCAGCAAAGCCUCGUCAGUGCGGAAUAAGAAAGGUCGGCCACCACUUCACAAAAAGCGAGUGGAAGAUGAAAGCCUGGACGGCACAUGGAUGAACCGGAACGACGCCAUCCAAACUCCCGGAGCCUUGCAAACCCCUCAGCUCACCUCAACUGUACUAAGAGAGAACAACAGGCAGAUCGGGGAACAAAUUCAAGAACCCGAGUCAGAACACGGGUCUGAGCCGGACUUUCUCCACAAUCCACAGAUGCAGAUUUCUUGGUUGGGCCAGCAGAAGUUAGAAGACCUAAAUCGGAAGGACAGAACGGGGAUGAACUACAUGAAAGUGAGAAGUGGUGUAAGGCAUGCAGUCCGGGGCCUUAUGGAGGAUGAUGCCGAACCUAUCUUUGAAGAUGUAAUGAUGUCCUCACGUGGUCAGCUAGAAGAUAUGAAUGAGGAGUUUGAAGACACCAUGGUUAUCGAUCUGCCCCCUUCGAGAAACCGACGAGAGAGAGCCGAGCUGAGGCCAGAUUUCUUUGACUCCGCAGCUAUCAUAGAAGAUGAUUCAGGAUUCGGGAUGCCCAUGUUCUGAAGUCCGAGGACGACGUCUUACCAAUCUGGAACUCUAUUAUUUAGAGCUAGAGGCCUAUAUACUGUGAUAGCUUGUAUGAAAGAAACACUUUUGAUGUGACCCGGUUUGUUUUUUAAUCAAAUGAUUGCGGUCGAUCCCUUUUUGCAGUGACAGAGCCGAAGAGGAGCAUGUAAAUUACCCAAGGGAAUGUCGGUGCGUCCAGUCACCUCAGAAAGACUGACCCUGAAGGAUCAUUUGUGUCCCUGUAUGGACUAUCCCAAUACAGAUGCAUGGAGACAAAGCGGAACACUGACAGACACGCAGUGGAAUUCUGACGACAAGCGCAUCUUUGCCAAAAAAAAAAAUAAAAGAAAAAAAGAAAAAAAAAACCCACCCCAAGUUGGAUAUGGAUGUGGAAAAAAAAAACCCCAGAUUUUAUAUACUCUUGAGAAAGAAGGUUUAUUUUUAUUUAUAGGGGGCAUAAAAUAAGAGAUGUCCACGCAGCCACUUUUCCAACAGAUGCUGUGCAACAUUCAUUUUCUAGGGCACUCGGGAGACACAAAUACAGCGCAUUUUCUAUUGGUAUUUGUUCUGUGCAUUUUUAGCGACUUCUACCAGCAAAUAAAGUAUUCUCAGUAAAACGAACAAAUGGUCCUCAAGUUACCGGUUUGCCGUUUUUACCACUUAUUUCAUGCCCUGCCAAAUCCAAGGUACCCAAAACUCCAGUUUUCUGGAAAACUUCAAAAGUAAUGACUUUGCCAUUCUCCAGCAAUUUUAACUGUACCAUAGAUGUGUCUACUUCCCAUGCAGUAAAUACCCUUGCGCGCUAUUUUUGUAAAUUCAUUUCGCCAGUUAGAAGUACGUGCUGCCUAGAAGUUUGUGCUUAGAGGGUGAAGUUCUUGAGCUUACCAUGGACUACAGCUACAUUUUCAGUGUUAACUGUGCAUACUAAGAGUAAUUCUUGAGGGGGGGAGGGAGGGGGAAGGAAACGAUGCAUUUUUCAAAGCAGAAGGAAGACCAAACGAGUCCUCAGCUGAUUCAUUGUAAUAAGAGGUUUUUAAAUGUCUUCGGUGGUUUGGAAUUUCAUUCCGCUUGGAUUUUUCUGACUCUGCCCAGUUGCUGCUAUUGUAGUUUGGAAAAAAAAAAACAAAAAGCCAACUUUCUGAUCUUCCUUUCUGAGUUUUAACACGAGCUUUGAAGCCUCAAAACAGAUCGACCCACUGUAAAAACGGCCGCCUCUGAGGCGGUUUUCGUAGCAGCUGCGGCAGAGUGGUCCGGCUCCCCCUUGGCCCAGCGGUGUACCUUUCGAGAGGGGGGAAAACGAAAAAUCGAUGUGUCCUUUUUUUUUUCCGAACGGACACGAAGCCGAGAUGUUUCCCAACCUGUGCAGUUCUCCAAAAGAGAAAAAGGGCUCCGUCGCCACAAACGUCCGACCCGCCGGUCCGGCCGUUCCUCCCACCGGGCCGUGGCUUGGAGCCGAAAGGCUAGCGGGCCGCCCGCGACCGCGUGCCCGGCGGCCGAGAACCCGCGCUUCACCGUCCUCCGUGCGCAAAAACCCCCAUCCGAAAUUUAGCGUGGUAGAGUGAUACCGUCUAACAGCGGAAGGUUUUAAUAUCUAGGUACCUCCGAUGGGUUUCCAGUUCAGUUUGAAGUCAAUAGGUUUUUUGUAUUUUGAGUGUCUCCUUGAUUGGUUUUUUGCUAGUAAUUCUGUAAAUUGUACAUUUACGAUAUGAGGUUUUUUUUUUUUUCCUUUUGUACAAUUUAAAACUGAUGCUUCACCUUUCCUUUAAUAAACUAUUCAAAAAAUCAGG